AUGCCUAACGGAUACAUCCGGCUGUCCAAGACUCAGCUCGGUCAUAUCCUUGACUUCACGCGCGAAGUUAAAGACGCGGUGUGGUCUCUCUACCACAUCCACGAUGUCUCAGAAGACGGUAUCAAAAACUAUGUGGAAAUCUGGGAGCAAAUCCACAGCGCGAUCCACGAGGACGACGAGUUCUACAAGGACGACGACUAUAAGACGCCUUACGAUGUCCUCAAGAUACUCAAACCUACGGCGAUGAACCUGCUUAUCUAUAUAAGGAUGUUAGCGGCAAAAGCUGACGCAGAAUGCUGGACCUGCAAUGGACGCCGGCUACGGGCAGAAGCCGCUGUAAUUGAGCAGUCUAUGAAGGAAAUGGAGGAGAAGAUCAAUGGGGACUUCGGAGAGUUCGUAACCGCCCUAUGGCCACCCGCAAAAUAA